CGUCACAGUCACGUGGUAACAUUUGAAAUUAAACCUCGAAUCGAACUACAACAGUAGCUGUCAGUAACAGUCUAUUGGAAAGAUUAUUCAAGCAAACUGCGACGAAACAGGAAUAUUUUAUGCCUUUCGGAGGUAACAUCGCUCAGGAUGUCUUUAGAGUUUGAAAAACUGUCCACCCACAAUUGGAGCGCUCCAGGCGUCCCAUCCCAGAGGAGCCGGGUUCAGGAGGAGCACGAGUCUCAGCAGGAGGGUCAUGUUCAGAUCAUGUACUCUAAAGAUCAGGUGUAUCAGGAAGACGCAGAGUUCAGCUUGGAAGAGCUCCGAGCCCAGCGCUACUACAAGUCUUUGAGCGAUAAAGCCUCACACCUGAAGAAGCUAAAGCAGGAUCUGCAGUGUCAGAUUGAGGAUAAAAAGAGACUCAUUCAGCAGAGAAACAUCACCUCGGAGAAACCGCAGGAGGUUGUUCAUGAGGAGGCCAGUUCUUCCUUCCAGAGAUCUGCAGGAUCCUGUGAAUCUGAUGCUGCUGUGGGGAAAUCAGCUCAGUUCACCGUAUGCAGCGAGCAGGAGGAAGACCGAGUGGUUAGCAGCUCGGUAAGGCGAGAGGACGACAUAAAUCACAGAGGAAGCAACGCUAAACUGCAGAAAACAGCCAAACCUUUCACUGUUUUUGAUGAGAACACACUGACAAAUAAAACCUCGUCGUCAGCGAACCGUAAUUCUCUGAAGCUGCCCAGUUUGAGUCUGAAAGCGCCGAGGUCAAAAGCAGAGUCCAUCUCUGACAAAGACGCGUCCAUCUCUCGCUCAGAGGAAGUCAUCAUCAAAGGUCACUGGAAUAAGACUCUGUGCAGGAGUCCAGACGACACGUGUGAAUUCUCCCACGCCGCUCAGCUGGCGUCCACUCCGUUCGGAGGUGUCCAGAGGCCAGAAGCGUCCGAGUCCAGACUGACGGAGAAUCUGAGCCGAACGGCCCCAGAAUCCACUGCAGCACCGAGUCCUUGUGCGACCGCUGAGGAGAACAAGCUCAGUCCUAUCUUGGAGAUCAGUCAGGAGUGGGGUGGCUCUUCCUUCGCUAACUCCAUGAAGCAGGUAAAGGAGCCUGAGAUCCGUCGAGCUGCAGACACACCAGAGGAAGUUUGGAGAUGA